UCGAGGGCCAGCACACACAGUGCAAAAGAGUUUGCGAAAAAACCUGGACAAAAAGCGAAAUAGAUUGCGAACCGAGAAGUUUGCGGAAGCAGGAGUUCUCCGUUGACCAGUGCCGUGGAGUGCUUUAACAACUGUGACCGUGGCGGUACCAAGAAGCUAGCGAAACCUUUGCCUGUGGAGUUCUCCCAUCUUCCACCUCCUCCAACUCCGUCUUGGGGGCGAAAGGCAGAAAAUCAGUAGAAACUUUAAGGAAAGCUGCGCGGGGUAGCGGGGAUUAGCACUGGCCUGCUGGGCUAAGCGUGGAAGUAAACAAACGGAUCGGAUUCCGGGUCCGGGUCGGAGUAACGGGGCGUGGUUCGCUAACCAGCGGCUUGGCAAACAAAACCGGAGGCGGCAACAAGUAGGCGGUAGGUAUGGACGUGUCCCUCACCGAGCCAGAGACACGCUUCUACAGUGAGUUGUUCCAAUGCUGCGACGUGGAGAAGACGGGCAAGGUGCCGAUGCUAAAGGCCACCGAGCUCUUUCGCUCGGCGGACAUCGCCAACGAAACCGUUAUUGAGAUCACCGGCCUUGCGGGGAUUCCGUCUACGGCACUGCACAUUUCUCGGGCGCAGUUCUACUCAUGCCUGAAACUAAUUGCCGCCCACCAGGCGGCCAUGCCCCUGCGGCAGGAGUUGAUUUUAGCUACUUUUCCGCUACCACUGCCGCAUUUUAGCUGGAAGGAGGCAAUCACAGCUCCGGUAGCUGUCGAAAACGGAUUGACUGCCUUGCCACCGCCGCCGCCUACAGAUCGCAGGAACUCUCUGCGUCGCAACUCACAGCAAGAGCAGCUGCAGGACACCUCUGAUGUGCCCAGCACUGACUCCGAAGUGGAGCAGAACGAAUCCGUUGACGAAGCAACCGGCCACGGACGCGGCACUGAUGGCAGUGGGGUUGUUAGCAGCAGCAGCCGCGAGAAUGUCGGGCGACGUCGAGGGGGCGGUGCUGGUGGAGGAUCCCCGGAAGCCUGGAGCACUAACAGUGACAGCCCCACGCCCACCAACAGCGUAGCGGAGCGGCCCUGGGCGCAGGAUACCCUCUGGCAGGGUUUGCUGGGUGACGAGCAUCGCCAGCUGCUGGGCACAGAGGAGGAGUCCUCCGAUCGCCACAGCAGCGACGACGAGGACAACGAAAACGAAUUGGUUACCAUCUAUCAGAUAACUCCAGAGCAGCGGGAGUACUAUAACAAGCAGUUCAGGACAGUGCAAAGGGACCCGCAUGGUCUGCUAUCAGGCCAGGCAGCAAGAAACUUCUUCGAAAAGAGUCGUAUUCCCGUUGAGGAGUUGCGACAUAUCUGGCAACUGUGCGACGUUACCCGCGAUGGAGCGCUUAGCCUAUCAGAGUUCACGGCUGCUAUGCAUCUGGUUGUUCUCAGACGCAACAACAUUCCGUUGCCCACAAGCCUUCCCCAUUGUCUGCACCCCAACGUACUCCAAGCGGCUGUGGCUGGCAGUGGUCAGGGAGCUAACUCCUUGUCGUCAGCGACGCUGCCUCAGGAGCCGCCUGAGGCUGAUCUCUUGCACCUAAAUGACGACGAUGAGGAUGACCACACGGACAAUACAAUUAUAGCCGGCAAUCACAGCGGUGGCAGCUCCACCAGCAAGCCGCGUCCCAACGUGCCCAGCGAUAAGAACAUCAUGAAUUUGAGCAGUAUCUCCACGUCCUCGCAGGCAAGCAACAGUUCCAGACGUGAGGCUACACCGCAGAAUUCGUUGGUCAAGAACCGCAGUAUCUCAAACUCACCUAGCGUUGAAAAACAAGUAACGGGAGUUGUUACGUCUACAGCAAGUGCUGUAGACUCUAGCAACGCCUCCAGCCAGUGGACAAAGUUUAGCGAAUCUCCCACAACAAGUGCUGCUCCGGCGCACUCAACCACUGGGGCGGCACCUGUUGUAGCUGGUGGAACAGCCGCUCCUGCCGCAUCUAGUCCUGGUCUUAAACCAGCCCUAUUCGACAUGAAGCGCUCUGCCCAGGACGUGGUCUCUAACCCGCAAAUUCUGCACCCUGUGCCGCUAAGAGUGACACCCAUAGGUACCGCCAUCGCAUCCUCCGCUGAGUCAUCUAACGACAACGAGGGCGUUGUCGUUCUGCGCGAGGAUAGUCCCAAGGCCAUUUCUUCGUCCACAGUCAACAACCAGUCAUCUGGAUCUGCUGUUCUAACCGGAGUAUCGGGAGUAACUGGCUCUCAUCGCGAUAGCAGCGAUUUGCGUGCCAUCCAGCGGCCUCAGGCCAAGAAGUUGCCGGCCAAAAACAGUGCAUUGCCACCACCACCUCAACGUGAACCGAGCAUCGGAUCUAGUGGACCUAACGAGCUAACGGAUCCACAGGCCGCAUACGUGGCAUCGUCAUUGACAUCCAAGAAGGAGCCACCGCCCCUACCACCACCGAGGCCACAUCGCCAUGCGCGAAGCAGUAGUCUGGACUUAAACAAGUUUAAAAUGGGAGCAACGGGCGGUGCCCAGCAGGCGGAGGUGGAUGAACAGCAACUUCAUUCGUUGCCGCCAGCUGCACCUCCUCCACAGGCGGCAAUGGUGCCGCCAACAAGGAUUACUCUUCAGCAGGCUCAACAGCGCGUUUCUGCUUUUGAAGUUUACCGAAAGCCGCAGACGCCGCGGGGAUCGCAGUCGCCGCCCCAGCAGCCGCCACCUCCGGCACCAGCUGUCGGCUUGUCCACUCAAUCUGGUCAGCUUCCCAGUGCAGAAAUCUUUGAAAAGCGGGUGAAUGCCAUAAGCGACUCGCUACGUCACGUGUCCUUUAAAGAGGGAAAGGCUAACACCACAGAGUUGCUGCAACGACUGCGCGAGCAGAACAGCUCCCUGCAACACCUCUGCAACGAUUUAAGCGACGAACUGUUAAGCGUUCAAACGCGCAAGGAGGAGAUGCGACUCAAGCUGGAGGGACUUAGUGCCGGUGAUAAUACUGGUCGAACAAGUUCAUCGAUAUCCGCCCCGGUGACAGCGAACGUGACCGGUGGCUCCUCUGGUUCGGCAGGAGCUGGUUACACCAAUGUCUGAGCAGCGAAAAAUUAUCAUGUUUACUAGGGUGAAUCGAUUUGUUUUUGCAUUUUGUGAGAUCAUUUUCAACCUGUGUCCUUACAUCUAUUUUUAAUCUCCAAUCUACUAAUCUCCAAAUCCACUUUAACAUUCCUUAUGUUACUGUAGUUUUCUUUAAAUUACCUUUCUUUUUCUGCCUAUUAGACAGCAGUAUUUGUAUUGGUUAUUAGUGUUCAUAGAACUAAAAUGUACACUUCUAUUUAUGAAGAGAAGUAUUCCCUAUCAAAUAAUAAUGUCCAAUUUAAUGUAAGAUAAAACGUAUUUUGGGCAAAAAAUUUUUAAAUUAAUUCUAUUCACUUAUUUUUCCACUCAAAAAAAUCGAUUCACCCUUUAUGUUUAACACUUAUUUUGUUGUUACUGUAUGUUGCAAGCACAAUUCACAAAUCGGGGUGUUUGCACAGCGAUAAGACUGGGCAAAUGUUUGAGUAAGCAACCAAAUUAUACAUUAAAUUCGUUUAUAUUAAAAUUGUUUACGCAUUUGAAGAUUUGCAGGCUUCAACGUUGUUUACUCAAGAGCUUGCUCAGUUUUAAACUGAUAGAAAACGCCAACGAUGGAUCUGAUACCGCGUCCGUUUAUGCAUUGAAGUUGCUAAUUUAAUUUGUAGGCUAGUUAAAUCUCAAGAACACAAACAAAUCAUGCGAGAACAACAACAAUAAUGCCGCCUCUAUAGAUAUUUAUGCAGAUAAAUUUAUAUAUAUAAAAUGUAUAUGUAUAUUUAGAGAUAUAUGUAUAUGCGCUUCUCCUAAUUGUUACGAGUAAAUGACAAACCGUUUUUUCGCUUGACAGCCACCCGUAUAUCACCCUCACCCUAGUGAUUAAUGAAACUGCCACAAAGUGGUCCAAUCCCAGCUGUAAUAUUUCCUGCUCCGUAGGCAUUUUACUUUUCAAUUUGCUAUUUAUUAAUGUUUUGUCUGUGUCUCGAAAAUCUCCUUCUAUUCAUUCCGGCAAUGAAAACUAACCAAGAAACAAAAAAAAAAAAAAAAAGGAAAAAUAGAAUCACAAAAACGAACCUAAAAAUAAAAGCCAGGCUUAAUGUUUAAGUAUUAGAAAAGUCAAAGGUAAAAUAUCGACAACAAAUUAAUUUCCUUGAAAGCUAAGCUUAGGUUUUUCAAAAAGUAUAUACAUAUUAAUAUAUUUUCUAUCUGUAUAGUGUACAAGAAAACACAAACUACUUGAUAUUAUGUACAUUUACCGUUUUUUCUUUCUACGACUAACUGAAGAGGAAAUAAGACCGAAACAGGAGACAAAUUUAAUUUACCCGGACCACUAAAUGUGUACGUAUAUGCUAACUUCGAAUUUAACAGAUAUACCGGCAUAUAUCACUUCUUUUGCAUACUUAAACCACUAGAUGUAUGAGUUUUUCUUCAACAUGUUAAACUUUUUCAAAGAUCUACCACACACAAUCACACGAAAAACAAAACAAACAAAAUGUAAUGAAAAGAAAAAGUGAUAUUGAAACACUAUGUAAACAUAUUAUUACGUGGUUGCGUAAUUAAUGUGUAUUGUUUUGAUGGAUAUACAUCUCUAUGAAUAAAGAUAAAUGUAUUAAGUUGAUGUUAAAAUGCAAUAAAAACGAAAA